CGGCUUGUCAACUCUACGAGAUACGAAGGAGUCUCGCGUUGCCACAUCUCCCUUUCUUUCUCUUCUCAACAAGUCGCUCGGCAUACAAAGAGCGCUCAGCGCUGCCUCUCCCGCUUCUUCAUCUUCCCCUUCCUCUUCUUUCAAAUUUUUCUUUCCUGUCAGCCCAUCGUAACUACCGCCACGAUGCCCCGCUCCGAGGCGCCACCCCACAGCUCCAUCCAGGGGCAGGACGCCGAGCUCGCAGCGCAAGACUCUACCGCCUGCCAGGAUAGCCACAGCACGGCGAGCUGGUCGCUUGGGUACUUACUUUCAACGACGGCCCCUCUUGUCUCCCCACUCUCUCUUAUAGACAGCAUACCCGAUUUAGCCCUCGCAGCCUGGCACCUAUUUGUCCUCCUUCCCAUCGCCCUCGGCCUCGCCUUUGGCUCGCAUGUCAUCCUCAGCAGGAGCAACUGGAUACGAGGUGGUGGACCCCAGAGACUCGCAUGGCCCAUCAGCAGGUGUAGAGGAUGGUCCUUCAGGGAUACGGCGAGUGUGGCGGUGGUGGGACACCUGCUUGCGGCAUUCAGGCACGUCUCUAGGACUCCCUUCUGCCCUUCAGCGGAAAAGCUUAUCCCCAUCUUGUCGCAUCGUGCCUUUGGCGUCAAGCAUCAAGGCUGGUCGCUUGGCGGUUCCCAGGUACAGCUGGACGACCUCGACGCUGAGCUUUCACUGCAGCUGCCAGCCUCUACGAGCCACACGCCUAGCACCUUGCAGCCACCCCUCGCACCAAUCCUCCUUUGGAAAGCUCAAGCCUCAUCGGUGCACCACCAUCAGAUCCAAUCAGUCAAGCCAGCAGUAGACGUUGGAGGUGUGGGCUCAGGACCCGCCUCACCGUCCGAAAGAGUGAUGCUUCUUCUUUCGGGCUCCUCAUACUCUGAUCGCGAUCCCGUAGCCGGAAUGCUGGCUUGCCAGCUUGUCAACUCGACAGGGCUGCGGACACUGUGCGUCAACUGGCGAAAGGCCUCACCUUGCUCUGCGGGAAAGGAGGGGGCUUUCCCUGCCGGUCUCAAUGACGCACUUGCAGCGUAUGUUCACCUAGUGCGCACUCUUCGCUUUGAGCCACGCAACGUCUACCUCGUAGGAGAGGGGAGCGGUGCGGGCCUCGCUAUGAGCUUGCUCCUUUGGCUCAGUGCCCUCGCACGGAGUCCAGAGCGAUCAGCUGCGAACGAGCUGGGUAAGCCAGGUAAGGUGGUCCUUUGGAGCCCUUGGUGCGAUUUGAGCAUGCGCAGCCCCACCUGGAAGCAAAAUGGCGCGUUCGAUAUCCACAGUCCCCAGGCCGCCAGAAGGGCGAGGGACUUGUAUGCUUCUUCGAUCUUACAACCCGGCCCCCAACAGCAGCAUGCGAGCGUAGAGGACGAUUCGGCAGGUGGUGUCAGCAGCUCUGCCUCUUCGCCCGUAGGACCGCAAACGCCGGCUUCGGACGGGACGGUCGAGCCACUGCUACGCGUGCCCUCCCCACUUGCGAUGAGCGAGGCGAAGCGAACACCGCCCUCAUUCACUACGGCUCUCAAUGGUGCGGCGGAGCCAAGUGGCCUCAGGCGAUUUGCCGAGACGAGCAGGGCCAGCGAGCGUCAAGAAGCCAGCGUGGGAUCUGAUUCGGGUGUCGAGAUUGACAGGCAGCAACGAGUUGGAGGCGCAACCAACUCAAGCUCGCAAAGCGAUGGGGACGUCUGGGCGUCAGUCGCUUCCAAGCUUCGUCGCGCUCUUGACCACUCUGACGGCGGAGAGGAGAGCGACUCCUCCCUCUCCUCGUCCUCUUCUGCAUCGUCAUCCGAUGCAUGCCACGUACUAGCCUCUUCAAUCCCCGCUCUCGGCCUCGCUCAUCCGCUCCUCUCCCCUGGCAUACCCAUCGACGACCCCACCGAAGGCGAAGGGGCGCAAAAGCUCAGGCGCCUCGUCUUCUCCAUGCUGGUCGCGGAUAGAGAAGGAAGCUCCACCGCGCCGACUUCGUACCUCUUGUUCUGUGGCACCGAAUCCGUCUUGCGCGGUGAAGCCUCCAGCCUGGCCCGCAACCUCAAGUCUUCCUCCCCAGCAAGCGCACCGGCAAGCGUUCAUCUCGUAGAAGCACUGGAGACACCGACUUUACUCAAUGUCGUCCCCUCCGUCUUCCUCUGCGCGGCACAGGCGAAGGGGGACGAGGUUGUGCAGCGGUUCUUGGUGGGAGAUGCGUGCAGUACGUAGAUGCGAGGGGAGAAGAGUGGAAAUGAUACCCGUGCGUGAAUAGGAGGGCUGGGUGGAAGAGCCUGAUCUCACUAGCCAUGGAACCGGAGCAG